GUCAGAGUCAAUGGUCAUACAUUAUACUGACCCGGAUACAACAUUCGCUAAUGUGAUGCAGAUUGGUUUCCAGGCCACUGGUGCUACUGAAGAGAGUAUCGGGACAUCUCCGACUAUGAUACCUGUCGAGUCAACUACUGCUGCUCAGGAGAGUAUCACAACAUCUCCGACUAUGGUGGUCGAUCAUUCUACUGAAGUUCUGACGCAAGGAGAAGCAGGACCAUCCGAGGAGGAGCUUAUAGCAGCAACAUGUGAGAGGAUGGAGGAUAGCGACGAUGAUAUUAUUAUCUCUGAGAGAAUUAAGACUGAGGAGGAUGCAGAGUAUUUGAACUCUAUCACACCGGAAGCAUGGAAGGAAACCCUAAAAACUCCAUAG